CCUUUUAUCCCAUUCUAACCACAUCUAAUUCUCACGUGACGCCGCCCGUCCGCACCCGACGACGAUGGCCGCUGUCGCCCCCGCGGAAAAAACGUUCCGCUCCUUCACACCUGCGGAAGCCUCCGCCUACGCCCAGUACCGGAUGGACUAUCACCCAACCUUAUACAACACCAUCCUCGCGCGUCACACCUCCACCGGUGGGCAGCUCAGGACGAUUCUAGAUGUCGGCUGCGGGCCCGGCACUGCCGUACGUAUGCUGGCUACCCGCUUCCAGCAAGCCACGGGGCUGGACCCAUCUGAGGGUAUGAUCGCGGGCGCAACCAAGAUCGGGGGGACGACGGGAUCUGGCGCGGACAUCACGUUCGUAGUGGGCAGCGCUGAGGAGUUGCCCGAAGUGCGGGAUGCCAGUGUCGACCUGCUUACGGCAGCGACAGCAGCGCAUUGGUUCGACAUGCCUGCAUUCUGGGCGCGCGCGGCACAGGUCCUCAAGCCGGGGGGUAGCGUGGCGCUGUGGACGAGCGGGGACACGGCAAUCGAUGAUUCCGUACCCAACGCGGCGGCGAUGCAGGCGGCCCUGGAUGCGCUUCGGGUGGAACAUCUGGAGCCGUACAUGCUACGGGGGAACUGGCUUGUCCAGGACCUAUAUGCAGAUCUUCCGCUGCCGUGGGGAGUGGAGCCGGCUGUUGCGGGGUUUCAUGAGGAGUCGUUUCUUCGCCAGGAGUGGGGAACCGGUGCGGAGGGUGCAUUACCCAGGGAUGAGUUUUUUGCAAUUGGCGCGCCUGAGGUGGAUAUGCAUACACUGGAGGCGGUGCUAGGAACUGCGAGUCCAGUUGCGAGGUGGAGGGAGGCGAAUAAAGACAAGGUCGACACAGAGAGGGAUGUCGUGAGGAAGAUGAGGAGGGAGGUUGAGCGGUUGUUGCAUGAAGGCGGCAUUGAGAAGGGCAAAGAGUUUAUCAAAGGAGGAUCUUCCGGCGUACUGUUAUUUGUGAAGAAGGUGGCCUGAUUGUGUAAAGGAGAACGCAUUCGGGGAUAGAAUAGUAGGACUCUUGAAAGAAACGAUUUGUUCUGUGGUAGUAUCUCGCGGACAAACAUUAUAUUCGCAUGUGAUGGUCCUGAAGAGCAUCUCUGUAAGAUAUAAAUACCUGAUGCGAGCAUGGAGCUGAUAUGGCUAGCUAAAUCAAGUAUUCCAAC